AUGAAUAUAAUUAAAAAAAUGGAAUCAAGACUUUGUCAUACAAAAAUUUUACUUAGAAAUGGGAUAAAAGUUUAUGUUGUUGAUGGAGUGACAUUUUUUACUUUUGGAGCUGCUUUUGAAUAUAAUAGAAGAAAAUGUAACUCUCCACAAGUGAGAAGAACAACAAAGAGAUCAACAAGAAGACCUACUAGAAUACCUGAAAGAAGAACAACUAGAAGACUUACUAGAAGACCUACUAGAAGAUCUACUAGAAGACCCGAAAUAAGAAUAACUAAUCGACCUGAAAUAAAAACAACCACAACGAAACUAGUGCCUGUUAUAACAUCAACUACAAAAACUCAAACACCAACAUCAACUACACAAACCCAAGCACCAACAACAACUACACAAACCCAAGCACCAACAACAACUACACAAACCCAAGCACCAACAACAACUACACAAACCCAAGCACCAACAACAACUACACAAACUAAUGCACCGACAACAACUACACAAACUCAAACACCAACAACAACUACACAAACUCAAACACCAACAACAACUACACAAACUCAAACACCAACAACAACUACACAAACCCAAGCACCAACAACAACACAAGAUCCAAUAAUUACUUUCAAAAACAAUUACUUUGAAGAGAUAAAUAACUAUCGUACUCGUCAUCAAGUAAAACCAUUGGAAAUUGAUUCUGAAUUGGAAAAAAAAGCUCAGGAAUAUGCAGAAAAAAUGGCAAAAACAGGAAGAAGUACACCAGAUCCUGAUAAGACUUACGGAGAAAAUAUAGGUGUUAGUUUAGAUAGCGUUGAAAAUGUUAUUAAAGUUUGGAAAUCAACAACUCAUAUGGGAUGUGGUAUAGCUCAAAAUGAAGAAAGUUCUAUAUAUUUUAUCAAUUGUAAAUUUAAUCCUAAAGCAGAUUUAUACAAUGAUGAUGAAGUAAAAAAAAAUGUUUUUGAAUCAAAAAGAAUAAACUCAAAGCAUGCUGAUAUAAAGAUUAAACAUAAAAAUGGCGUAAAAGUUUAUGUUGUUCAUGGAAAGACAUUUCAUAAUUUUAGACGUGCUUUAAAAUAUAGUAGAAAAAUAGGCAAACAUUUAAAGGAGAGAAAAACAACAAAGAAGCCAAUAAAAAAACUUACUAAACUACCUGGAAGAAGAAAAACUAGAAGACCUUUAUUAAGAACAACUAGGAAACCUUUGUUAGGAAAAACUACACCAAAACGAGGUCCUCUUAUAACACCACCUAGACAAACAAAAGUACCAACAACAAAACACAAUUCAAUUGCUAUGUUAAAGAACCAUUACUAUCAAGAAAUAAAUAAAUAUCGUGUUCUUCAUCAAGUAAAACCAUUAGAAAUUGAUCAUGAGAUAGAAAAAGCAGCUCAGAAACACGCUGAAAAAAUGGCAAUGGCUGGAAAAGAAACACCAGGUGCUGACACAACAUAUGGAGAAAAUAUUAUUAGUUCUUCUUUACCUCUUGAGAGGGGUGUUGAGCAAUGGUAUAACACAAUUAAAAGAUUUGACUUUAAUAAAAAAGAAAGAAAUAAUGAAAAUGUAGAGUUUAUAAAUUUAGUUUGGAAAUCAACAACUCAUAUGGGGUGUGGUAUAGCUAAGAACAAAAAAAGUUCUAAAUCUUUUGUCAGUUUAGAAUCAAGAUUAAGUCAUGUAAAAGUUUUGGUUAGAAAUGGUGCAAAAGUUUAUGUUUGUGAUGGAAAAACAUUUAAUAAUUUUGGAGCUGCUUUAGAUUAUAAUAGAAGAAAAAGGAGACCUCAACAAGUGAGAAGAACAACAAGGAGACCAAUAAGAAGACCUACUAGAAGACCUACUAGAUUACCUACUAGAAGACCUAAUAGAUUACCCACUAGAUUACCUGGAAGAAGAACAACUAGAAGACCUAUAUUAGGAAGAACUACUCCAAGACCAGGACCUGUUGUAACACCACCUAGACAAACUAAUGCACCAACAACAACACAAGAUCCAAUAAUUACCGUAAAGAACCAUUACUAUCAAGAAAUAAAUAAAUAUCGUGUUCUUCAUCAAGUACAACCAUUGAAAAUUGAUCCUGAAUUAGAAAAAAAAGCUCAGGAGCACGCAAAAAAAAUGGCAGAGGCUGAAAAACAAUCACCAGAUACUGACACGACAUAUGGAGAAAAUACUGUUCGUUCUGACUCAUCUCUUGAGGGUGGUGUCGAAUAUUGGUAUAGUAGAAUCAAAAAAUUUGAUUUUAAUAAAAAAGAAAGAAAUAAUGAUAAUGUAGAAUUUAUAAAUUUGGUUUGGAAAUCAACAACUCAUAUGGGGUGUGGUAUAGCUAAGGACAAAAAAAAUUUUAAUUAUUAUGUCAGUUGUAAAUUUAAUCCUAAAGCAGAUACAUUCAAUUCAGACGAAGUAAAAAAAAAUGUUCUUGAAGCAAAAAAAAAUUAA